AUGUCAUGGAUACAGCAAGCAUGGAGAUGUGUUACCCGUGAGACAACUACGAAUUGCUUGCAGCAUACAACAUUGUUCACUACUGAUACGAAUACCACCAAUGGCUCCUCAAAUGAUCACCCGGAUGAUGCUUCGGACGAAAUGACAGAAAUGAUAACCAGCAUUCACUCUGAAAUCAAUGAUAUCAAUGACAUUGACUUGCAUCCAGCAGAAGAAAUGGAGGACAUCCAUGAAACAUUCGCUGACGAAGAUGAAAAAUUGGACACUAACAAUCAGGAUGAUGAUACUCAAAAUGAUGACGAGGAAACACCAGCCGUUUACCAUAUGACUCACUCGGAAAGGAAAAGGAUGCUUUUGGACUUUUUGGAGGCUUACGACGUAGAUGAUGAAAUGGAUUUGGACAUAGCGACCUUGGUGAGAAGGAAGCUUAAUAAGCUUUCUUCUGAGGAGAUCAAUUCUGGCAAACAAACUUCGAUAACAUCGUUCUUUAGAUGA